AUGCCCUCGUUCCGCAAAAUCGUCGACAAAAUCCUCACCUCCAAAUACAACAAACCCUUCCCCGUCACCCUAUUACCCUCGGCGAUAGGCUACUACCUCGGCGUGAAGCAAGGCGAGCGACAGGCGCAGAUUUUGAUGGAGAUUCAGGCGUUGGAUCGGGGCGAUCAUGGGGAGGUGAGGAGGAUUGCGGAACAUCCUAGGUGA